CCACUUGGCCUAUUAAGAAAGAAACCUGUGAAGACAGAAUGAGAAGGCUGAAACUCAGAGCUUGUAUAUCAGAAAUUGAUAAGGAACACCAAAUACUAAAAUUGGAAGCACCGAAACACCAUAGCUCAAACUAUGGAAGAGAAGUAAUACGAAACCCGCAAUCUGGAAGUUAUAAGCUCUUGAGGCUACAAGACUAUAUCCUAGAAGAGACUAUCAAAUUUGGAAGCUUAGGUAUAAGUGGUAUGAGAGAUGCAGGGAAUGACGUUAUAAGGAAGUAUACCAAAAUAGGACUAGUGAAGGAUGAAAAAAUACUGGAUGAGUACUAUCCAUAA